UACGAAUGUCACAUUUUAUAGAUAUUUAUAUUUUAUUAUUUGACUGCAACAUUCGGUUCAAAUUUUAAGUACGUGGAAAAUUGCGAAUUAAUAACAAAUUGCUUGGACUUUGUAUUUGUGGACGGAUCAACGAGUUGUAUGCAUAUCUACAUAUGUAUACAUACGCAUGUGCACACAUAUAUAGUAUAUGCAGCUGAGUGGAAAAUGUUCAAAGUGCGAAAAUUUGAGUUUCGCGCGAGCGAAAGCAAGUGUCGCUCCUUCUCCAUAUGGAACUUCUGCCCGAUCACACGCUGGCAACAACUGUGGGAGUUCAUCGGCGGCUGUACACCCUGCCGCUACGAGUUCUUCCCCUACAUCUUCUGGCUGGUGCUGAUCAUCAGCCUGAUGGGCGCUUAUGGCAGCCUCGGCGAAUGCAUUCGCAUCUAUUGCAUAUCCAGCCAGCCGCUCGAGAUGUGGCGACCUCGCAAGUUCUUCGUAUUCGAUAUGGAGACGCUGCGCAGGAGUCGGCUGGUGGGCGCGGUCAUCAUGAGCUAUGUCUGGUUGCUAAUGAUCUAUGCGCUGGUCAAUACUAAGCCAAACUUUAUAAUGCCAUGGCUAAUAUUGAAUACUUUGAUGCUGGGAAUGGACUUUUUGUUUUGGGUGAUCGAUGUGCUAACAGGUCGAUUGACACUGCAUUUGAGUUCGGUUUAUCCAAUGUUGCGACUGUUCUGCACCCUGGCUCUGGUCAACUGCAUCAAGACGGUCUUCGAGAACGCGAUCAAGUACAAUUUGGUGGACACCCUAAGUGUAAUAGAUCCGGAGUGGAUAACACACUAUUUUUUCGCAAUGGCAGAUUGAAGACAACUCAACUCGGAUGCCAAGUGUAACAAUUCAGUACAAGCUGUAGCACCCUUUGGGUCUCAUUAAAUCGAAUGGCUAUCAUUAAAAAGGUGGAGCCCUGCCUAAUUGUAUCAAAAGCUGGCUUUCCUCCCCACACACCGGCCUCAACUGACUGCCUUAUAGCUAGAUGGCUGCCUGCUGCCUGGCUGGCUGCCUGCCUGCUGCAUUAAGCUCAAUUAGGCCGCACGCACAUUGGCUGACUGAGUGACUGACUGACUCACUGACUGAGUGACUGACGAGCUGGCAUCGUGCGGACCCAUGUGGCGGCAGGUACAGCUUCAGUUUUAAGUAUAGAUACAGCCGGGGCCGGUGCCUAGCAAACACCUUGCAACAGCCAAACUAAGCCUAACCGAACCAAGCCAAACUUUUGCCCUACCCUCACUCAAUUGAAGUACCUCAGUUCUACCGAAUACAUUGGCACUCUGAACUUAUUCAGCGAUCAGCGAAUGGAUUCAGUUCAGAUCGUCGAGGGAUACCUUUCCCAUAAGUCGCCAUCUAUGCCCAAAGUUCCAUUCUAUUCAGUAUCUAUUCUAUUCUAUUCAGCUAUUCAGUAGAUAUUCGUAUCAUUCAUGAAGCAUUUAUCGAGUUACUCCACCAACGACUUGAAAGGAACAGCUAAACUCUUACAAUUAUUACACUUGAUAAACGAUCUCAAUGAAUAGACGACUCGAAAGGCGAACUGCGAAUUCUUGUUACAGAUGAACUCUAAAGAUACUCAUAAACCAUCUGUAGAUAUAUAUAUAUAUAUGUUGCAUACAGAAGUCGUUGAGUGCCUUUGACGCUUUGCCUUUGGUCGUUGGCGAUUUGAGGAAUUGCACCUGUUCAGCUCAA